AUGAAUGAUCAAAAUCCCUCUCCAUGUACGUCGUCCACUAUGCCGGAUAACGGUGGCGAUGGAGUGAAGCAAAUUAAUUAUGAGAUAUACCCGCUGAUUUUGACAACAGAUGACAGGCAAAGAAUUCAAAAUCUUGCCAUUCAUGCCUUAAAGACAAGUUACAAAAAUCAUGAAAUAAUGCCUGGAAGCAGCAGGAGUAGCACCACGAGUAAAGAAGAUGAUGAUUUUAUUGUUUUUGACAGCAGAGACAGUGAUCAACCACAGACAUCUAAAAUGGAGUUGGUCACCUUCCUUAAUGAUAAUAGCAAAGAGCUUUCAAUUCUUAAGCGAUAUCCAAAUAUAAAAAAUGAAUUUAUACAAUUCAACACAAGUUUGUGCUUAUCGGGAAUUGUAGAAAGAAACGGUUUUAUUCACUCUCCAGCAAGAGGAUGUUUGUCGGACAAAUCAUUCAAAAAUCUAGUUUUUAUGAAAGGGAACUCUGGUUUUGAAAAUUCCUAA